AGCUCCCUUGUCCCUCCGAUGGCUGUGAAGGCAGAAGCGCUGAAGGCUGAAGCUGGCACGUCGCCCCUGCUGCGGAGGCCAAUCUGCCAGUGGAGGUGAAUCGGGGCAGGGCACGGCUGGGGCCCUGGGGUCUUGAGAGAGGGGGGCAUGGGAGAUGGGAAACCAUCUUGAGACACCUGACGAUGGCUUCGUGAUCUCUACAGUGGAGCUCAUAGGGGAAUCCGAGUGACGAAAGGGGGCAGAAUGGCAUUCCCAUCGCCUUGUCACCCCACGUCCAGUCCGUCACCUCGACAGUCAGCCCGGUCAACCAGUCAGUCCACCCAGUCUCCGAUCAACCGUCAUCCCGCCCGCUCGCUCUCUGUCCUUUGGCAACGCCGCGACAGUCACAGCACUGGUACGGGUACAAGGCCGGGGGCUCUUCUCAACGACGUAACGGACAAUUAUUCCGUUUGCCCACCGUUUCCAUGCCAUCCAGUUAUGCCUAGUGUGCCCCUACCUAUUCCCGCGCAUGGAACGGAGGCUGCUAUUUUAGUCGCCCAGUCGGCUCUCUACGCUACGGACACUUCUUGGAUGCUUGCCCGCAGUGCAGAGAGGCCGAGGACCCUUUCAGCAGACUGCAGUUCCCCUAGGAGCGGCAUACCCUUUCAUUCUCCAGGGCUUGUUCCACAUCGGGGCAGGAUUGACACUCAUCUUCGAUAUCCUUCCUGCCAGGCUCUUGUUUUUCUCUGCGAACGAGCUCACAGCACAAUACCUGCAGCUAGAUACGCAAGCCAACAUUUGCCAGGUUGCUAGGGUCUAGACAUCAAGAAAAGAAAGAUGGAUGUGUGGGGAUUCCGCCAUUGAGUUCGACCUUCGCUGUCACACAGUUCCUGUUGACGCAUCCAAUCCACGCUCGAUGCUCUACACCUACCAGCGCCGAAGCUCCUCUGGAAGGAAGGAUUCGAUGGCCGGUUGGGCAACCUUCUUUCGCUUCUUUUGGUCUCCCAGCCUCUGGACCAACCUUCCAGCCUCACCAGUCGUGCCAUCACCAAUCAAUCUCCCGCUAACCUUCAAACCC